AUGUCUUAACAAUAUUAAUAGAUGAAUGAAGAAAAUGGGGAAAUUGAGAUUCCUGUCAAUAAACCACUUAAUUAGCAAGAUAAUGUUGCACAAUAAAGUAAUCAAGAAACUGUUACAAAGUAAAAAAUAAGAUUUGAAUUUAUAGAGGAUAAACAGGAAAGUAAAAAGUAGCAGAUUCGGAGUCUUCCUCUUCAUCAGAUGAUGAUGAUAAACCUAUGAUAAAGAAAUAAGAUAAUAAGAAACAGAAUGAUAAGAAGUAAAUAUUAUUUUCAAAGUAUUUUAGGAAGGUCAAAUCACUUUAGUUAUAAUAGAUGGAAUUAGAGGAAUCUAACAAGUAGGCAUUAAAAUGGGCAAUUCGACUAAGAUCUUUUAUGCGAAUCAUAUUUUUAAUAAUUACUACAACUGUUUUGUUUUCAGGUUUUUAUGUAAUAUUUGAAUUUUUUGCAUUUUAUGAUGGUAUAUAAAAAAUACCAGCAAACUCUAGAUUAAUGAUGAAUGUAACAAAUUGUAGAAUGCAUAUAAUAGAUAGUGUAAAUAAUAAAGUUUAUUAUAGGAAUACUAAAUUAAUAAAUCAGUGUCUUCAAUUAAAUAUUUAGGUGCUAGUAUUACAACUUUAAAAAAGAAAAUGUCUCACACUUAAAGUCUUAAUUAAUCAACAAUAAAUGGGUCGAAAUUAGGAGAUGCAAUAGAUGAAAGUUAAAGCCUACUAAUUCCAGAUUUUGCAUUAGAAUAUUCAAUACCAGGAAGAUUUAAUAUUGAUCCAAAUGCAAAUACUUCAACAGUUUCUGAAGAUAUUCAAGGAACCAAUUAUAGUUAUGAAUUUACAAACUUACUAUCUGCUUAAAGUUGUUAGAUAGAUCUCCAUGUAUAUAAAUAAGCUGUUCUUGACGAUUUAUCAAUAAAUUGUUUUGGAUCUUGUUUUAUAGUGAUGACUUCAAACAACAUAUCAUAUAAUACAAUGAAUAUUGUAAUUAUUUUUUAUAAUAAUAAAUUAGACAGGAGAAUUGGUAGAGUUGAAUGCAUUAAAAUUAGUUACUAAGAAUUUAACAUUCAAUAGUAUAUAAGGAAGGUUUUAAGGAAAUUAUUUAUAAUUUGAAUAAUUUUCUGAUGUUAGAUUAGAAAAUGGAGAUAUUAUAUUUUAGACAGAUAAUGAAAUGAUGGUAAAUUGGACACAUGCUAAUCCUCAUUAUUGUUAUGCUGCUCCAGUUAUAGCAAAUCCUAUUGUUGUAGGUUGUUAAGAAGCACCUGCAUCUGAAGUUAAAGCAUUUAUUUAAGGUGUUGGUACUGGAAAGAAAAAAAAAAAGAAGGAUUAAGAUAAAGAUGAUGAUGAUGAUAAAGAUGAUAAAGAUGAUAAAGAUAAAAAAGAUAAAAAAGAUAAAGGUGAUGAAACUGAAUUUUUAAGUUUAGAAGAUGAAAUCUAUGAAAAUUUCUUUGCUGAUGAACAUGAUAAUUUAUAAGGAAAUAUUAUCUUAUUACCAUUUGUUGAUACUUAUAAUGAAUCAAAAUAAUUUUAAGUUUAAUUAGAUUAAAUGACUCAUUAAGAAGAAAAAGAUGCUACAAUUACUAAAAGUGAUACUGAUCCAAAAAAAGAUGAAAAAGAUAAGACUUAAAAUUCUAAAGCAAAUAUGUAAAGUAAAACUAAAGAUACUAAAGAAUAAUAAGCACUUUUAUUUUAACCAUCUUGUUAUGGUAAUUCAAUAUUUUGUUAAUCUUUGGAAUGUAAAAGUAUUAAAGAGGCAUUAACAAAAUCUAAUAAUACAAUUAAACCAACCAAUUCUACUGAUUAAAAUUCAGGUGAAUCUAAAGGAUCUAAUUUAUUAAGAUUUUUAAAAGAAGGGGAAGAAUUAAAAACAGAUGAUAAAAAUAAUGAAACAGACAAGGAUGCAAAUAAAACUGAAGCUAAAAUUGAUUAUAAAGGAAUUAAUGCUGAAGCAUAAAAGAAAUUACCUCAUUCUAUCCCUGUAGGAUUAAGAUUCUUAAAUAUUACUGGUAGAUUUGGCAAUCUUUAUGUUAAUAUUAUUAAAAAAUAAAAUAAAACUGUUAAUAUUAAAGAUACAAUCAUUCAUGGAUUAAGUUAUGCAUCAAAAAGUGUUGAUUUUGAUUUACCAAGUUAAAAAACAUUAAGACACUAUUUAAAAAUGGCUGAAGAUCCUCAUAAUUUUGAUCCUAAUUUUGUACUCAAAGUUGGUUCUAAAAUAACUAGAUCUGAUAAUUAUUAAUAAUGGUCUUUAACUUAUAAUCCUGCUUAUUCAUAUGUUAAACCAUGGUGGAUGGGUACAUUUUCAUUUACUCUAAUGAGUACAGCUUCAUGGGCUUUAGAUGUGAAUUUAAGUCCUGGAUUUUGUCCUUAUCAUCCUACUUUAGAUUUAGAUGAUAUCUAUAAUACUAGAUUUCUUAUUGGAAAAUAUUUUGAAAAGGCUGAACAUUCUAUCACUACCAUAGCAUGGUAGAAUUCGGUCAAAUUUCCAACUGAAAAUUAUCCAAAAGAAGCUUCAGGAUUACGUAAAUAUAUUGAAUCUAAUAAUGAAUUUGAAAGAUGGGUUGAAAUUACUAAAUUAAAUGAAACAAGUUAUUAAUUAACAAACAUUAAUCUAGACUAAAGUCCAGCUACAUAAUGGGCUGUUUAUGUAUCUGUUAUCAUUUCUAUUUUAACUGCAUUCUUUUUAAUGUUGGGAAUUCUGUAUAUUAUUAAUUCAGUAUAUAAAUAAAUUCUAGAAUAAGUUGCAGCUACUAAUAAAUAUAGUGGAAUUGAAAAAAAAAAUGAUCCUGAAGGAGCUCAACCAUUAAUGAAAUUGGCUCCAGAAGAAGCUGAUGACAAUUCUAAAUAAGAUGAUAGUUCAAAUAAAAAAGAUGAUACAAAUAAAAAGAAAUCCUCUUAAUAAGAUAUGGAAAUGUAAUUUAUUUUAUAUAUAUUUUGUUUAGUGUCUUAAAUAUGAAUUUAGGAAGAUUACUCUAUUAAUUAUUUGUAUUGGCUCCUCCUUUAUCAGCAUUUAUAGAUUAUUUAUGUGUUUUGAUUAGCAAAAAAUAUAUUAAUUCAGCUGAAGAAUUCUAUACACAUUUGUUUUAAAAGAAAUUAAAAAGUAAUACUGAUUCUGAAUUGCAUAAUUUAACAACAGAAUCUAUUUUAGGAAAUGAAAUGAAAACAUUAUAUGAAAAGUUUUGUUUCCUUAAUGGAUUUCUUGAGUAAAAACUAGAUGAUGAAAAGAAUCUCAAAUUACUUAAGUUUAAAGGCUUUAAAAUUAUUCUUAAAGAAGAUGCUCAAACUGAAUCAUAUGUUAGAGUUAUUUUAAAUGGAAUGAUGCCUAAAUUACCAGUAAUUACUCCUGAUAAAAAUACUUUAGAGUUAUUUAUUUAAAAUUGUUGCAAAUUAACUAAUUUUGAAGAGGAUAAUAUAGUUGUUCAAACCUUUAAUGAAUGCUAUUAAGAAUUUUGUGUAUUGAAUCAUUUACCUUAUGAAUAACCUUCAGCUUCAGAAUUAUAAAAAAGUUAUAAUAUCACAAGUAAAUAUAUUCCAUAACAAUGGGUUGAAAGAGAUGAAGAAGAAGUUCAUAAGGAAGAUGAGGGUCCUCCUUCAUUUAUGAUGAAAGUUUAGAAUUGUUUAACAGAUUGUCUCAAGAAAUGUUUACCAGAAUAAUAAACUUUUAUAAUUAAUAGAUAGAAAAUGUAAAAUCAUUAUUCAUUAAUUUUGAAUAAUCCAGAAUAAAUAAAAACUUAAGCUGAAUUAGCAGAAGCAAAUAGAGAACUUAUUCUAUUUGGUGGUUGGUGGAUGGUUGAUUUUUUCACAGUCUUAGCUCAUUUCAUUACAACAGUAAUUUUAAUCAUUCCACUUUUCUCAUUUACAAUAUUAGAAAAGAUAUUAUAUGCAUAAUAUUCACUAAUACCAAUAUAAUAUUUAAUUACAUUAGAAGAUAUUUUAUAAAACUAUUGGGUUGUACCAUUAAAAUUAUAUAAUGAAAGUACUUGGAUUAAAAAUGUUUUAAUUCUUGUAGGCAUAUAUUGGGUUUAUUCAAUAAUUGAUUUGCUUUAUUAUUAUAUAUCAAUGGAGUUCCCAUAGGAAAACUUUUUUAGAAAAGUAUCACCAAAGACAGCAAAUAGAAUUUAGUUAAUUUUUAGAUAAAUAAUGUGGGCAUUAGUAUUAUAUUCCGCAUAUUAAUUAUGUGUUUUUAUAACUUUGGCAUUAGUUUGGUUACUUUUAGGUGCAAUAGUAAAUCCAACAGCAUUUUUACCAUAUGCAACAGCAGCCGCAACAUUUAUAACAGUAGUAAGUUCAAAAGCUGCAUAAUUUAAAGAAAUAGCAACUGAUGGAUUUGAUACAGUUAUAGCAUAUGUUUAAAAGAUUGCAAAAGAUUAAAUGGGUAGUAUGAUAUCAAAAAUGGAUUUGAAAGGAAAGAUGAAUGAUAUGAUGGAUAGUGAUGCAUUUAAAUCUGUGGCUGGAUAAGCAGCUAGUUUAGGUUUAGUUGAUUAAAGUACAUUAGCACAUAUUGAAGAAAAUGCUGAUGCUUUAUUAAGUAAUCCAGAUAAAGCAUUAGAAGCAGCUUCAAAUGCUGCUAGUGAAUUAUAAGCAAUAGCAGCAAAUCCUUAAGCAUUUGUUGCUAAAAUGAUGAAAGAAUUAGAAGAAAAAGCAAUUUAAAUGAUUAAAGAAUAAAUGGCUAAAUAAAUUGAAGGAUAUGGAUAAGAAUUAGCCAAUAUUGCUUUAGCACUCUUUAAAAAAGAUAAAAAUAUGUUUAAAAAUAAUCUAACUUAAUUAAUUUAUACAGCAGCUAAUACUCUUAAAUUAGAUAGUCUUAAAAAAAUUGGCUAACCUAUUAUGACAUUUGUUUGGGAAUUUGCUUAUCCUAGUAACAAUACUGCUUAAAUGAGUCCAGAAGAUUAUUUAGAAGCAUUAAUUUAACCAUGUGCAGAAUGUUUUGCUUAAUUAAUUUAAUAAGAAAGUGCUGUUCUAUUUCAAGAUUAAUAAGAUAUGUAAAUGUUUGAACCUAGAAUAUUAUCUUUAGUUUUAAAGAAAGCUAUUUCAUUAUAAAAACAUUUGUAAUCUGAAAAUUUCUUAGGUGUUUUUAAUGAUCUUGAUUAAAUUAUUAAAUAAUUAAAAGAUGAACCAUAAUUUACUUAAAUUAAAUAUUUAUCAAAAUUUUCAGGAUUAUUGAAAAUAGCUAUGUCUUUAUUUGAAGGUAGAAAGGGUAAUUAAAUUACAUUCCAUAAAAUUUUUGGAAUUAUAUCAGGAUUUUUUGAUGAAAUUCCAUAAUUAAAAGAAAUUAAAGAUUUAUUAGGUAUAAUUGAAUUGCUGAUUAAUUCAUUUAAUAAAUAACAUAAAGCAUUGCCAACUAAAUUAGUAAGAUAAAGAAUUAUAAAAGGUUUAGAUGUUAUAAAUGGACUAAUUAAAGGUAAAAAAAAUAAUAUGGAUAAAAUAUUAGAGAAUCCAUCAUUGAUUACUUUACUAUUUAAUUUUAUGUAACAUAAUUUUGAAAAGAUUCCAAAGGAAGUUAUUAGAGAUGUAUUUAAAUUUAUAUUUGAUAAUUUUCAUGAUUCUAAUGUUAGAUCAAUAAAAGAGUUAGUAAUUAGUGAAAGAGAAUUUAAAAAACUCAUUCCAUUAAUGACAGGAAUUUUUGAAAUGGUUGCACUAUUUAUGGAAGAUUCUAAAGAAUUGACUUAAAAUUUACAUUUAUAAGCAAAUGCUUUUUCUAUAGAUGAAAAGAAAGCAUAAUAAUUACAAGCUAUAGCAUCAAUAAAAUAUUUUAGAUUUACAACUUAUGAAGGUUCUGAUAAUGAAGAGAAAUUAUUUGAAAAAUUAUUAACAAAUCCUUUACUAAUGAAUUUGGCAACUUCUUUGAGAUUAGAUACAAAAUUGCUUCUAGCUAUAAUAGCUAUACUUUUAUAACUUUAUUCUAAAUAAUGUACUCAAGAAUUAUUUUAAACAAUAUCUAAAAUUCAUAAGACUGAAGUGAAUAAAGUGAAACAGUUCUUUUCAUUAUUGAUAUUAUUUAAAUGUAAUAAUGCAACUCAUUUAUCUAAUGCAUGUGUAGAUUUAGCUAUACCAAGAGAAUAUACAAUUUUAGUAUUAUUAGGUAAGAAAGUUCUGGAUAUUGCAUAUGCUGAUGAAUAGAAUUUAGUAUAAUUAGGUGCAAGUGAAGAUACUAUUAAAGCAAUAAAGAGUCCUGAUUUUGAAUUGAAAUUGUGGAUGUAAAAACUUAAAAAGGAUAUUGUUGUCAAAGAAGAUAAUACAAUAUUAGGAGGAAAUUCAGGGAGAUUGAAAAAAUUCUUAAUAGAAACAAUUUCAGAUACAGCUUGUUAGAUUACAUCUUAAAAAGUUAAGGAUAUUUUAUUAGAUAUUGGAAAUAACGAUAAUUAAUUUGCUUAAAUUACGUCACGAGAAAUAGAUUUAUUAACUAAUAUUUUAUUAUUGAAGAAUAUUGAUUUAUUCUCUGCACCUCAAGCAUUAGCAAGUGAUACUAAAUAAAGUGUGUAUACAUUUGCUACAAUUUUGAAUGUUAAUAAACAAUUCUUUGAAGAUUUCAUUAAUAUAAUAUUUUUGACUAAUUCUGAUAGAGUGAUUUAAUCUAUUUAAAAUUCGUAACCAAAAAUUGAUUCAACAAAGAGUGAUGAAUUUAUAACAAAAGAACAUUAAAAAGAUUAUGAAAAUUAUCUUGAAUUUAUGUAUUCUAAGAUGGAAAUGAUUUAAAAGAAGCAUUAAUUCAUUUAUUCCAAAAUGUAGACCUUGUUUCCUAUGAUUAAAUUACCAUUAUCUUUAAUUGAGAAAUUGCUUUUCAAUAAAGAUAAAGGAAUGGAUGUGAAUUCAUUUUAUCAAUUAGCUUAUUUAAUUAUUGAGAAAGAUGAAAAUGGAAAAUUACCUAAAGGAACUCUAAGAUAAUUAAAUAAAUCAGUUUCAUUUUUAACUUCAACAUUAAAUAGUUAAACUUCCAAAGGAUUAAAAUAGGCCUUAGAUAAGAAAGACUUAAAUGAUGGUUAAGUUUUAUUAAUCCAAAUGUUGAAUGAAAACUCAAAGUAAAGAUCUAUUACAUUAUUAUUAAACUUUUUAAUGUAAAAUAGUAAGAAAAGUAAGAAUGAUGAAAAAAGACCUCUUCCUUAAAUUUAUCAUGUAUUUACAUGUCUUUAUCUCUAUUUUACAGGUUAAUGGAGUGAUUUAACAUUGACUAUUGAAGAAUAAGAAACAAAAUAGACUCAAAGUUAAAAUAUUUUAUAAUAUUUAUCAAAAAGAUUGGAUAUAAAGUAAGAAUUCUUUGAAGCAAUUCAUACAUUCUUUUUAAAUGAUAAUUAAAAGUUCACUUAAACAAUGGUUAAAUUUAUGAGAAGAUAAUAAGCAUGUAAAUUUGAAAAGGAAAAUCCUGGAGUGAAAAUACCAUUAUAAUCUCUAGUUAAAAUACCAGAUCAAUUUGUAUUAAACUUUAUAAAUUUAAUAACAGGAUAAGGUUAUCAAACAUCUUUCUUUUCUAAAGAACUUUCAAUGGAUUCUGGAAUAGUUGAAAUGAUUAGUACACUGACAACAAUUAAAAAUGCUAAGAUUGCUUCUUAAAGAGUUUAGAAUUAUUAAUAUUUAUCUACAUCAUCCAAAAAAUUAGGACCAUUGUUAGAUAAGGUUGGAGUGAAAGGGGAUGAGUUUGUUUUAAUUUUGUAAAUUCUUUUCCAAGAUUAUGAGAUUAAUAAUAUUCAAUCUCUAAUAAAUGGAUUUAAAUUAGAAUAAAAAUUAAAAGUAUAGGGUGUUUAAAAUUUAUUGUAAUUAGAUAGGGUUGUAAAUAAUUAAGACAAAGAUUGGUUGAAGUAGAUUUUGUCAAUAAAAGAUAAUUAAUUAAUUAAAGAUAUGAAAGUAAAUCCUGAAAUAGCUGUAAUAACAAAAGGUUUAGUAAGAGGUAAAUAUGCAGGAUUAGAAGCAUAUAUAAAGAAAUUACCACAUUUUGAUUAUGCCUAAUGUGAUGGAAGAGCAGAAUACUUUGGAUUAUUGUAAGGAUUGAUAGGUUGUAUAAGUGGACCUAUUCCAGAAUAAUUUAAUAUUAAGGGAUUCUUAGCUAAUCUAUAUAAAUUAUUAGAAGAUCCUAAAACUAAAGAUAUUCCAUCUGAAUUGACUUAAUAGAAUAAUUCAGUUGAAUAUGCUAUCUAUAAAUUAGUUUAAAUCAUUUAAAUUGAUCCGAUUAUUUUAAUGCUUACUUAAGGAAUGAUUCCUGCUUGGAAAUUAAUUCAAGAAAGAUAUAUGAAUGAAGAAAAAAAAUGGAUCAAUCCAGUUUUAGUACUAUCAACUUUUUUGACAUUUUAAGCAAUUCCAACAUUAUUAAAAGAAAUAUUUGGAGAAGUUGAAUGGUUUAGAUAAAUGGAUGAACUUUAUGAUAAAAUUUAUGAAAGUGUUGAUAUUGUGAAUGAUUAAAAUAGAAAUAGCAAACCACCUCAACCACUAAUAGGAAAUUUUGAUAGAUUUUAUAGUUAUCCAAAUUGGUUAGAUGAGUAGGAAAAUUGUAUUGAAGAUUUAAAAAAGAAGUUGUUCUUAGAUACAAUUGAUUCUUUAGAAGAAUUAUAAGAUAUGGUUGAUAUAUGUAAUUUCAAUCCAUAAGUUAUAUAAUUCUUAAAUAUUGGCAAAAAUGAUGUUAAAAAUGCUUAAUUAGAUGUAUUGGCUGAAUCUGUAGAAAUGUAUGGAAAUCUUAUUGGCGAUGAUGAUUUGUUAGGAAUUGCUAAUGUUAUUAGAAAUACACCUUCCUCUGAUCCAUAAUUCAAUAGAAUUUCAUAUGAUUAAGCUGUAGAAAUGUUUAAAGAUGAUCCAGAAGAAUAGUAAGGUUUGAAAAACUUGUACCCUUUAAUUAUGUAUCAAUAAAUGAUUAAAGUUUAUCAAGAAACUUGUUAAUUGUUUAUUGAUCCUAGGAGAAACAUGGAAUAAAAAUUAUUAACUGAAUAAUGGAUAAUGAAAGAUAUUGAAUGUCAACAAACUCCUAUUUUUACAAUGGGAAUAGCAUCAACUUUAGCUAGUCUUAGAAAAUCUUUUUGGAAUCCACUUGAAAAUUAAUAACCUAGAGAUGAAGAACAUUAUAAAAUUACUACACAUUAGAUUGAUUACAUUUUGACUAGUAUUGAAAGAAUGUAUUAUUUCAAGAAUUUUACAGACUAUUUCUCAAAAACGAAGGCUACAGUUUUAAUUGGAUUAGCUUGUGGAUUUGCAAUUUCUACUGAACAUAUUAUUUCAGCUAAUUGUACAGCCAAUUUAGUGAACUAUGAAAGAGCUUUAGAACAUAAAUAAUUACAAGUUAAUUAAUAAAAGAAAGUUUUUCACAAAUUUGCAUUUUUAAGAGAAGUAAUAGAAAAUAGACUUGAAAAAUAUAGUGAUAUGAAAUCUAGAUAUUUUAAAUCCUUUUAAUUUACUAAGAUACUUAAGUAUGGUUUAGAUAUUAUUUCAGAACCUGAAAAUUAUCUUGAAUUUUCAAUUUAAAAUAUUGAAGCUAAUCCUGAUUAAGGAAUCAAUUGGGAUGAUUAUUUCUUUGAUGUUGGAUUUUUAUCAGGGGGAUCUUAAAUGAUAAAAUGGAUUAGAGCAGAAGGAGUCUAAGCCAAAAUCAACCCAUAAACUAGAUUAAUUAUAUUAAAAGAGAGACUAACGCAAUUAAUGGAAAAGGAUAUUAGUGAUUAACAUGCGAACAUGAAGAAAAUAUGGCUUGAAUAAUAAAGAUUAAUAAUCGAACCUAAGUAGAUCUCUUCAAAAGAACCUACUAUGGAUGAAGCAGUUUUCGAAAUAUUAGAUGUAAGAACUGGUAAGAAAUGGCAAAGUGUUUUAAAUUCAUAAGAAUUAUGGUCUUAAUCAUGUUAUGUAUGCAAUGACAAUUUAAGAUUAUUAAUUGAUAUCUGGAAAGGCAAUUAUUAAGCUAUUAUUGAACCUGAUACAUAUUUCACAGAUGAAGAACCUGCUGCUGCUAUGGCAUACUUUGGAUUAGCUGCUUUAUCUGGAGCAUUUUAUAAAGUUAAAAAUGGAUGGAAAUAAAAUACUCCUUAAUAAUUAUCUGCAUAUUUAAAUGCAUUUUGUUGGAACACUUCAUCAAAUAAGAAGAAUUUAUAAGAAAUUUUAGCUGUAUUUUUGAAAUCAUUUGAAGGAUUUACAGUACUUGCUUAAGCCUUAUAAUAAAAUGUUUAAUUAGUUAAUAGUUUUGUUAAUUUAUCUAUGUAAUUAAAUGAUAAUGAUACUUAAUAAUCAGAAGAUCAAUUAACAUUAAUUAAAUCAAUGAAGCUAUCUUCAAAUGAUACAGAAGUUUUGAACUCACUUAUUGAUGCUUAUUUAGGAAAAAUGGAUGUAUAUUAUUAAUUAGCAGAUUAUUCUUAAGUUAUCAAUCCAAGUGCUACAACUAAAUUUAAGCCUGUUUAAAUGAAUAAUCUUAUUAAAAAAAAGAGAGGAGAAAUGUAAUAAUAAAAUAAAUAAGAUUAAUAAUAAAAUGAUUAAAAAAAAUAAGAGGAUACUAAACCAGAAGAAAUAAAAUAGGAUCCUGAAGCAUAAUAAAUUGAUCCAUAAAAUCAAGUACCUCCUUAAGCUGAAUUAUAAAAUGCAUAAUCAAGAGAACAAAAAUAAAAUGUUAAAAAAGGACCUGAAAAGAAAGCAAAAUAAAGAUUAUAAGAAAGUUUUGGUAGUUCAGGAGAUAGAUACUUUUCAAUUAAAACAAUUUUAUUAAAACUUCUCUAUGGAUUUGAUCGAUCACAAUUACAUUAAAUUGAAAAAAUAGAUACUAUUAGAUUUGACUUUAGUAAAUAUUCAGCUUUAUCAUCUGAUCCAAAAAAAAUAGAUGAAUGUUUUAUAGUAUUACUUUGGUAAUUGGCUUAAGCAAUUACAAAAGAAACAUUGCCUAAUGAUUUGAGAUUACCUAUCCUAAGUGAUUUUGAAAUUCGUUAAUAAAAUGAUUUAGCUAGAGAAUAUCAAACUAAUCUUAGUACCAUUAAAUUAAUAACUCAAUUUAUAGUUUAAAUUGUUAGAGAUGAUUAUUCAUUCUUUUUCUAAAAAGAUGAGGAUAUCUCUGUAAUUUUAUAAAAGUUAGCUUUAACUAAAGAUGAACCUAUUUAAGAAUUACAUUUUAUUAGAGCUAUGAUUGGAUUGAAAUCUAAUAAAAUGAUGCUUAUUUAAAAUAAAAGAGCUCUUCAAAAAAAUAAAAGAAAAAUUGAUAUUUCUAAUGAAUAGAAUGAAUUAAAACUUAUUAAAGAAUAAGUUUAAAAUUUAGUAGAUUCAAAAAUAAUUGAUAUUAAAUUGGAGAAUAAAACUGAUGAAAAAAAUAAAAAACUUUCUGAAAAUAUAGCUUUAUUAUUUUUAGCAAUAUCAAGUGGAAACAUUGAAAAAAUGUAUUCAGCAAUUUUACCAUAUGAUUCAAUGAGUGCUGGAUUUAUUUUAACAAUGUUUAUGUGGAAAAACAUUUCAACAAUUAUUGGUAAUGAAGAAUUUAUAAAGAAAGAAAAUGCGAUUAAGGUUAUUCCACCCUUAUAAUUAUUACCUUUAUUAGUUUAUUCUUAAAUUAAUGAAUAACAAGAUAAGAAGAAUGGAACUCUUAGAAAUAGUUAAAGACAAAGAGUUAUCAGUUCUUUCUAAUAGAUUCUUAGAGUGAUCAAAGAGGGAGGUAUAGAUUAAGAAUUCUAUAACAAAAUUGAAAAGAAAUCUUAAAGUAAAUAACAUCAAACAUUUUCUUGGAGUUUAUGGCUUUUAAAAAUGCCUGAAUUCCUUUAAGCAUAAAGGGCAAUUUAAAUGUAAAUAAAUUUUUCUGCAUUGAAUGAAUGUGAUUUCUUAUUCAAGAUUAUGACAGGAUCAUUCUUUGUUGAAAAGAUAGAAUAAGUUAAAUUUAUUGGACCUGUUUUCAAUUUGUAUAAGGUCUGUAAUUAAAUCAUUAACUAUCCUGAAACUUUAAAAAUCUAAAAUAUUGAUUUUAAAAAGAUCAUUCCAAAUACAAUUACCACAAUAAGUGAUUAUGUACCUGACACUAUAAGAACAUAUUUAGGAGUAUUUGAUAAAUUCGUUUAAUUAUUUGUUUUCAUCUAAAUACCAGAAAGAUCAUUGAAAACAUUAAAGGACUCUUCAAACAAAUUAGUACAAUAACAAAAUGAAGUAAUUUAAGCAUCAUAAGUUCAAUCUUAAAGAGAUGAAGAUGAAGAUGAUGAAAAUCAAUAUGAAUAUGAUGAAGAUGGGGAUGAUUAUGAAGGAGAUGAAGGUAAUAAUGAAGAGGAAGAUGGAGAAUAAGAAGAAAAUGAGAAUGAAGAAAAUGAAGAAAAAAAAUAAAUGGAUGAAGCUCCUGCUGAAUUAGCCCAAAUUACCGAAACGAUUAAUGAAUUCAUUUUGGAUGUAUUAGGAUAAACUGUUAAUUCUCUUUGGUUAAGUUUUAAAGAGGAAAACAGAUAGUCGUUAAGUGAGUAAAUAGAUAAACUAAACAGAGAAAUAAAUGAAAAGAAAGCUAACUUAAUAAAAUUGGAAUAAACAAAAAGAUUAAGCAUUUAAAUGCCUAUGUAACCAUAAUUGCAAUAAGGAUAAAUACCUAUGUAAUAAUAAAUGGGAACAUCUAUUAUGGGUUAACCACAAAUGGGAAUGUAAUAAAUACCUAUGUAAUAAUAAAUGCCCAUGUAAUAAUAAAUACCCAUGUAAUAAUAAAUACCUAUGUAAUAAUAAAUACCCAUGUAAUAAUAAAUGCCCAUUUAAUAAUAAAUUCCACAGAUGGGUAAUUAACAAUAACUUAUGUAAGCUAUGGCAGUAGCUUCAUAAGGAUAUAACUUUUAAGAGAAAGAUAAGAAACUUAAAGAAUUGCAAGUUUAAUUGGCUAAGAUAGAUGAAUAAUCUACUUAAGUAAAACGGUUAAUAUCUGGAAUUAUUUUAUUAUUGACUGGAUAUAACAUAGAUGAUAUGAAAGCUUAAAAUGAUAGUGAUAAAAAACUCUAAGUUAUGUGUUUCAUUAUUGAUUCAGUUCUCUUUAAAAAUUUAAACCUAUUAUAGUAUGUGAAUACAGUUAUUAUUCGUGAACUAUUCUAAGAAAUAUAGAAUAUUAACAAUUGCCCAUUAAAAUCUAUUACUAAUUAAGAUUUCUUAUUUUAAAUUGAAUCUUUAUUAUAUACUUUAACUGGUUAAGAUCUAACUAAUGAAGUAAAAGAUAAGAAAUAAAAAGGUGGAAUUGUUUAAUCAAAAGAUAAAUAAGCAUCAAAAUCUGAUUAAUGGACAAUAGCAUUACCAAAGAGAGCUAAAAUAAUAGAAUUACCUAUGGGAAUUAUUAAAUGUAUUUUUGGUUUGGCUAGUUAUAAUUUUGAAUAUGUACCAAAAUUAUUAAAAGAAUUAUCUGUUAGUGAUAGUGCAAUUAAGAUAGUUGAAUAAAUUAUUAAAUAAGUUUAAGAAAUGGGUGUAUUUGGAGGUAAAUAAUUAAGUCUUGGGGGAUCUUAAUAAGAUACUAAAAAAGCUAAAGAAAUAUAAGAAUUAAUGAAAAAGAUUUCAGAAGGAACUGCCACUAAUUAUGAUAUGUUUAAAGCUAUUGAUGGUAAAUAUAUUAUAUUUAUUAUUUUAGAGGAUGGGACUAAAAGUAUCAGUAAGACAGAAUAUGGAACAUUAGCAAAGAGAUUAGGAAUGAAUCUAUCUGAGCAUAGAAUUAAUGAAAUUUUUGCAAAUAUUAUGAAAGGUUCAUCUUCAAGCAAUUAAGAUUCUUUAAAUGAAAAAGAAUUUGACUAAGCAAUGAAAUAUCUUUAAUAAAAAAACACUGAUAUGGCUUUAGAUUUUCUAGGAAUUUCUCCAGGUUUAUUAACAAUGCUUUUAAUAUAAGGAGCAAUAAUCUUAUUGCUAAUAUUUAUAUUUAUUUUCCUUGGAAUUUAAGCCUUUGCUUUAGGUGGCACAUUUGGUGCAGUUGUAAAUAGUAUCUUGCCUAUGGGUAAUAAUUAAUUAUUUAUUUCUAGCUGCUGGAGGAGGAGCAGGAAGCAAAGCAGAGAAGGUUAGUGAAAAGAAAGGAGAUGAUGAUUAAAUUGGAGAUUCUGUUGAUAAAACCUAAAAGAUUAUUUAAUCAGAUACAAUUUGA